UUUCUCUUGCUAGCGCGUACACUAAUUUACAAUUAUAACACCCACAAAUUCCUUUGUGGCUGCAACUACAAGACAGUGAAACCGAAAGAGAAGGGAAGAAGAAGAAGAGAAGAGAAGAGAAAGGUGUUGGGUUUUGUGGUUGUCGACUUUCAAUUCUACAUGGCAACCCUUCCCUCUAUCCUCUCCUUCUCCUCCUCCUCCUCCUCCUCUCUUCCUCUCCAUCGCUUUCGUCCCUCUCCUUCCUUCUCCUUCUCUCCACUUCGCUCAAACCCUACAAAAUCUCCUUCUCCCUUUCUUGUUCUCGCUUCUUCAUCCCACGACUCCAACGACUUUACCUCCAAGAAAUCAGCUUUAUCGGAGUUGAUACAAGAAAUUGAACCUUUAGAUGUGAGUAAUAUUCAGAAAGAUGUUCCUCCAACUACAGCUGAUGCUAUGAAAAGGACUAUUUCUGGUAUGCUGGGUUUGCUUCCAUCUGAUCAAUUUAAUGUCGUCGUCGAGGCUUUGUGGGAACCUCUUUCCAAGUUACUCAUUUCUUCAAUGAUGACUGGGUAUACAUUGCGCAAUGCUGAGUAUAGGCUUUGUUUGGAGAAAACUCUUGACAUUUGCGAUAGAGAUCUUGAGAAGCCGAAGGCAGAAAGUACUAAGUUCGACUUACAAGACUUCCUACGUGACAGUGUAAAUGUUAUUGACUUUGGUAGAAACAAUAAUUUGUCUUCCAAAGUUGAAAAGCCUCACGAGGACGUUAACAUCCAAGACCUUGGUCAAAUAUCUGCCGAAGCUCAAGAAUAUAUUUCUAGUCUGCAAUCUCGUUUGUCUUCCAUAAAAAAGGAGCUACGUGAAGUGAAGAGGAAAAGUGCUGCUCUUCAAAUGCAACAGUUUGUUGGAGAAGAAAAGAAUGAUUUACUGGAUUACUUGAGAUCGCUUCAACCUGAACAGGUAGCUCAGCUAUCCGAAUUUACAUCCCCCGAGCUUAAAGACAUCAUCCUAUCUGUUGUCCACGGUCUCCUUGCCACCCUUUCUCCUAAGAUGCAUUCAAAGCCCUCUACUACAUCAGAGAAUGCAACAGUUGGAUCAGCAAAUGCUGGGAAUGAGGAUUGUGCCGAGGUUGUUGAGAAUUCUUCACUUAAAUUUCAGCCUUUUAUAUCAUUAACUCGAGACUAUCUUGCCCGCCUGCUCUUUUGGUGCAUGCUGUUGGGACACUAUCUUAGAGGUCUUGAGUAUCGAAUGGAAUUGGCGGAACUGCUAUCCUUGACAAAUGUUGCUGAGAAUGGUGCUUCUGAGAAUGAACAAAUUGCUUGAAUGCUGUUCAAAUUUUGACUCUUCAAUCAGUGUAUAGAGGCAUGGUUUCAACAUGAUUUUUCCUUUCAACACAAAGAGAUUAUUACACACACCAAGUUUUAGUCGCUUCUGCUAAGGAGAUAUCAUUGCUUCCAGAAGACAAAAUAUUGCUUCGAUGAAAAGAUAACAAUUCUCACUCUUCUAAUGUCAAACCAUCACAAGAGUUGAAAGCGGUUGGCAUUGCUGUUGCUGGGUGAUUGAUUAUAUUAUAGUUUACAGAAUAUGAAAAUGAGACGAACUAUGCAGCCUCAGAUGCAAGAUGAAGUUGAUUAUUUAUUAGUUUAUAUUUGAGUCAAACAGUUUCCUUAGUUGUAUCCAGUUUUUAAAAUUUUCUUGAUUGAUUUAAUUUUAUGUCGUCACCUAGCAAUGAAGAACUGAUAAAAUAUGUACCGAAAUAAAAUAUGUACAUACUUUAAUUGAGUUGUUAAAAGUUUUUUGUAAUGACUAUUUUUUAGUUAGGUGACUUCAUUGUGAAGAACAAUCAGCAAGACACAUUUAUCUUUCUCUUUA